GAGACGCGAAGAUGGAGUAAACACCACUAGUACUUCUUGAUCCUUUUUUUAUUUUUUUAUUUUUAAUUUUUUUUAGCUCUUUGCUUCAUGCUGGACUGUACCUGCUGUCAUCCGAGAUAUCGCAAACAACAUCCCGCAGCCUGCUGUGCUUCCAGCCAUGGCCGACCGCGGCGUUGAUCUGUCUGCUCUGCCUAAAGAGGUCAGGGACCAGCUGGCGGAGUUGGAUCUGGAGCUCUCCGAAGGUGACAUUACACAGAAGGGCUAUGAGAAGAAAAGGACCAAACUCCUGGCUCCCUACAUCAUCCACACUCCAGUGGAGCCCCCCCCUCAGAAUGAUGUGCAGCCUCCCGCUCCCAGUUCUUCCUCCAGCCAUGCUGCUCCCCCUGCCAGCUCGUCCCGGUACCGAGAACGCCGUUCCCGCAGAACGCAUCGUGGUGGAGGAACCAGGGAUGACCGCUACAGAUCAGAUAUCCAUACUGAGGCAGUACAAGCUGCCCUGGCUAAACAUAAGGAAGAGAAGAUGGCACUGCCCAUGCCAACCAAGCGGCGCUCCACUUAUGUCCAGUCUCCUAUUGAAACCCGCACACCACCAGACUCCUCGUCAGGCUCUGAAGAUGAGACAUCUGUGCGCAGGCAGUCCUCAGUGGUCGCUCCCCCGCCUGCGGUCAAUCCCAACCUGCAAAGCCCGGACUCUUGGAUCAAUCGCUCUGUCCAGGGCUCCUCCACCUCCUCCUCGGCCUCCUCCACCCUGUCCCAUGGAGAGGCCAAACCGCAGCCUCAGAGCCAAGCUCAGCCUCAGCCUCAGCAUCAGCCUCAGCCCCAGUACAAACCGCAGUACCAACCUCUGUAUCAGCCUCACUACCAACCUCAGUACCAGCCUCAGCACCAGCCACAGCACCAGCCACAUGGGCAGCCCCACACUGCAGCUGUGACAGACAUGCUGGCUCACAGUCGCAUUGCUCCCUCAGAGAACAGUGCCCCCCCUCCAGAUGUUGCAGCUGUGGCCCGUCCAGCCAGGGGCCCGCGGGUGGACCUGCCCUCCAACGCCGUGGUACGGGGUAUGAGCCGUGGGCAGAGCCGCUCAAGCAUGAUGGAGACUGCGGACGGGGUUCCUGUGAGCAGUAGAGUCUCCACUAAGAUCCAGCAGCUUCUGAACACCCUGAAGAGGCCUAAGAGGCCCCCGCUCAGCGAGUUCUUCACCGACGACUCAGAGGAGAUUGUAGAAGUUCCCCAGCCAGACCCAAACACACCCAAGCCGGAGGGACGUCAGAUCAUCCCAGUGAAAGGAGAGCCUUUGGGAGUGGUCAGUAACUGGCCCCCAGCCUUGCAGGCAGCAUUGGCUCGUUGGGGGGCCACUCAGGGGAAGAGUCCUGCCCUCACUGCUCUUGACAUCACGGGCAGACCGCUCUAUACACUGACUUAUGGGAAGCUGUGGAGUCGCAGUGUGAAGCUGGCGUACACCCUCCUGAACAAGCUGGGCACCAAGAACGAGCAAAUCCUCAAACCAGGAGACAGGGUGGCGCUGGUGUACCCCAACAGUGACCCUGGGAUGUUCUGGGUGGCCUUCUACGGCUGUCUCCUGGCUGAAGUUAUUCCUGUACCUAUUGAAGUACCACUGUCUCGCAAGGAUGCAGGUAUCAGCCAGGUGGGGUUUCUGCUGGGUAGCUGUGGUGUUGGUCUGGCACUGACCAGUGAGAUCUGUUUGAAGGGUCUACCCAAGACACCCACAGGAGAAAUACUGCAAUUCAAAGGCUGGCCUCGACUAAAGUGGGUGGUCACAGACUCGAAAUACCUGACCAAGCCCUCCAAAGACUGGCAGCCACACAUCCCCACUGCAAACACUGACCCUGCAUAUAUAGAGUACAAGGCGAGUAAAGAAGGCACAGUGGUGGGUGUGGCUGUGUCUAAAGUAGCCAUGUUGACCCACUGCCAAGCUCUGACCCAGGCCUGCAACUACUGUGAGGGGGAAACUUUAGUGAAUGUCCUGGACUUCAAAAAGGACAUGGGCCUAUGGCAUGGUGUUCUCACGGCUGUGAUGAACAGGAUACAUACUAUCAGUGUUCCCUAUGCAGUAAUGAAGGCAUGUCCUCUCUCCUGGGUACAGAGGGUCCACAUCCACAAAGCUCGUAUAGCUUUGGUGAAGUGCCGCGAUCUACACUGGGCCAUGAUGGCUCAUCGGGACCAGAGAGACACCAGCCUGGCUUCAUUACGUAUGCUCAUUGUUGCUGACGGUGCUAACCCCUGGUCGGUGUCUUCCUGUGAUGCCUUCCUGAAUGUGUUCCAGUCCCACGGGCUGAAGCCUGAGGUUAUCUGCCCCUGUGCCACCUCCCCUGAGGCCAUGACAGUAGCUAUUCGCAGACCUGGAGUACCGGGGGCACCCCUCCCCGCCCGUGCCAUUCUUUCCAUGGGCGGCCUGAGCCACGGUGUCAUCAGGGUCAACACAGAGGACAAGAACUCCGCCCUGACUGUGCAAGAUGUGGGGCAUGUCAUGCCUGGAGCUCUGAUGUGCAUUGUUAAACCUGACGGGCCUCCUCAGCUGUGUAAAACAGAUGAGAUUGGAGAGAUAAUAAUCAACUCUCGAGCUGGAGGCACCAUGUACUACGGCCUGCCUGGAGUCACAAAAAACACCUUUGAGGUGAUACCGGUUAACGCUAAUGGAGUUCCCAUUGGAGAGAUUCCAUUUGUGCGGUCGGGACUCCUGGGGUUUGUUGGCCCAGGCAGUCUAAUCUUUGUGGUGGGGAAGAUCGAGGGUCUGCUGAUGGUGAGCGGGCGGAGACACAACGCUGACGACCUGGUGGCCACCGCUCUUGCUGUGGAGCCGGUCAAGACUGUAUACCGUGGGAGGAUCGCUGUGUUUUCAGUCACUGUGUUCUACGAUGAGAGGGUAGUGAUUGUGGCAGAGCAGAGGCCAGAUGCCAGCGAGGAGGACAGCUUCCAGUGGAUGAGUCGAGUGCUUCAGGCUAUCGACAGCAUCCACCAGGUGGGCCUCUACUGCCUGGCUCUGGUCCCGGCCAACACCUUACCUAAAACACCCCUGGGCGGCAUUCACAUCUCUGACACCAAGCAGUUCUUCUUAGACGGCAGCCUGCACCCCUGCAACAUCCUCAUGUGCCCCCAUACGUGUGUCACCAACCUGCCCAAGCCACGCCAGAAGCAGCCAGUUGGUGUGGGUCCAGCAUCUGUCAUGGUGGGCAACCUGGUGGCAGGGAAGAGGAUUGCCCAGGCUGCAGGCAGGGACCUUGGCAUGAUCGAAGACCAGGACCUCGUCCGGAAGCAUCAGUAUUUGACAGAGGCUCUGCAGUGGAGGGCACAGACAGACCCAGACCAUGUCCUUUAUGUUCUUCUGAAUGCCAAGGGUGUAGCGGUGAGCACAGCGUCCUGCGUCCAGCUUCAUAAGCGAGCCGAGAAGAUAGCUGCAGCGCUCACUGAGAAAGGCAGCAUCAACACCGGAGAGAACGUAGUGCUGCUCUAUCCCCCUGGCAUUGAUUUGAUAGCCGCCUUCUAUGGCUGUCUCUACGCUGGAUGUGUUCCUGUAAACGUCAGACCUCCACACCCUCAGAACCUGGCAGCCACGCUGCCCACUGUCCGCAUGAUUAUUGAUGUCAGUAAAGCAGCGUGUAUCCUUACCACUCAAAACCUCAUGAGGAUUCUGCGCUCCAAGGAGGCUGCUGCCUCUGUGAACAUUAAAACAUGGCCAAUAAUCAUCGACACAGAUGACCUUCCUCGCCGUCGGCCUCCACAGAUCUACAAGCCGCCCACAGCAGAGAUGAUAGCUUAUCUGGACUUCAGUGUGUCCACCACUGGCAUGCUCACUGGGGUCAAGAUCUCUCAUGCAGCAGUCAGUGCACUUUGUCGCUCCAUAAAACUGCAGUGUGAACUGUACUCCUCUCGCCAAAUUGCCAUCUGCCUGGAUCCUUACUGUGGUCUGGGCUUUGUCCUGUGGUGCCUCGCAAGUGUUUACUCAGGUCACCAGUCCAUCCUGAUUCCUCCCUUCGAGUUGGAGAGCUGCUUGUCUCUGUGGCUGAGCACGCUCAGUCAGUACCGCAUCAGAGACACCUUCUGCUCCUACUCUGUCAUGGAGCUCUGCACUAAAGGACUGGGCACUCAGACUGAGUUACUCAAGGCUCGCGGUGUGAACCUGUCAUGUGUACGGAGCUGUGUGGUGAUAGCAGAGGAACGCCCUCGCUUGGCCCUCACACACUCCUUCUCCAAGCUGUUUAAGGACGUGGGUCUCUCAUCGAGAGCAGUCAGUACUGCUUUUGGCUCCAGGGUGAACCUGGCCAUCUGCCUGCAGGGCACUACUGGUCCUGAUCCCUGUACAGUGUAUGUGGACAUGAAGUCCCUCCGCCAUGACAGAGUGAGGCUGGUGGAGAGAGGAGCGCCUCAAAGUCUUCCUCUAAUGGAGUCUGGCAAGAUACUGCCAGGCGUGCGAGUGAUAAUCGUAAAUCCAGAAACCAGAGGCCCACUUGGUGAUUCCCAUCUAGGAGAGAUCUGGGUGAACAGCCCUCACAGUGCCAGCGGCUACUAUACCAUCUACGGAGAGGAGAGUCUUCAAGCCGACCACUUCAACACCAAACUCAGCUUCGGAGACCCGCAGACCUUAUGGGCAAGAACUGGAUACUUGGGUUUCGUGAAGAGGACCGAGCUCUUGGAUGCCAGUGGGGAUCGGCAUGAUGCUCUCUUUGUGGUGGGCUCACUGGAUGAGACCUUGGAGCUACGAGGGCUGCGUUACCACCCCAUUGACAUUGAAACCUCAGUGUCCCGGGCUCACCGCAGUAUUGCUGAGAGUGCUGUGUUUACGUGGACCAACCUGCUGGUGGUGGUGUCAGAGCUGUGUGGCUCAGAGCAGGAUGCACUGGACCUGGUGCCUCUGAUUACCAACGUGGUCCUGGAGGAGCACCAUCUCAUUGUGGGUGUGGUGGUUAUUGUGGACCCCGGAGUUAUACCCAUCAACUCCAGGGGAGAAAAGCAACGCAUGCACCUCCGUGACUCUUUCCUCGCUGACCAGCUGGAUCCCAUCUAUGUUGCAUACAACAUGUGAUGGGCUUGUUUAGCCGUCAUCCACAGUCUGGAUGCUUCUGCACCAUCAUCCAAACAUUUGACUACUGGCUUGGCUGGUGAUGAGAAGGAAAAGCAUGAACCACAUAAACUGCCACCCAGCCCUGUGUGACACCAGCAUAUCUUGGCCACUGCAUGUCUGUGAUUGGAUCUGCCAUGUUUGGAGUUGUUCACUGUGUUUUAUAGAUAGAAUUUUGCCAGUGGGAUUGAAGCAACAUGUGUUGCAAAUGGCAAAGAAAAAAAAAGUCCCUGUUGCACUUUUCUGGGGGGUGCGAGGUGGGGGCAAAUGACACAUACAACAGGACCACUUCUAAUCUAAAUACUAUAUUAAUGUCUUUGUGAAAAUCCAUCUUCUUAUUCUAUACUUAACACAAACCUCUGAAAACACUUUCCCUUUUGUGUCUACACAGAUUCCAAGAGCUACUAAACUUAAAUCAACAACUUGAAAUAUUUUUACAUGCCGCUUUCAAACUAACACACACAAAUGCACGUGCUGAGCCCAGGUCAUUUCUCACUAACAUGGACGAAUAAAAGAGGGCACAUGAAAGCAAACCUUGAAAACAGUAGCUAGUCUCAGUCUGUGCACAUUAUUUAGACAGGUUAUUUUGUCCCAUGAUAAUGAAGCCAAAUAGAUUUACCUGCCCUUAUAUAUUUCCUGCCUUAUAAAACUUCAGCCAUACAUUCCUAUCUUAAUUUUUAAUGAAUCUGUUACUAAUGGCUGUUUAUUCUCCUUUGAUUUUAACUAGUGGUGUAAAUCCUGACAGAUAUCCAAAGGGAUCAAAGUAAAAGAGGAGAGAGGCCAUAUUCUGUACUGUAUCUUUAAAGGCCUCCUUGUAUUUUAGAUACUGUAUGUUACUGUAUAAAUAUUUUUAAUUGUAUAAAUGUAUAAAUGCUUGACUCAUCUCUCUCAGUUGAUGGUUUCUGGAUAGUUAAACUGGGAGAUGAUUAUAGUAGCAGAAAGCAGAUUGUAAAUAAGAUUUGACAGUGCUUUUGAAGUGGAUUAUUAGUUGUAUAACUGAGGGUAAAGAUUAAUAACUUUAAAGCAUUGUUAGUCAGGACAGAUAUAACAUUGCACUUUCUCAAAAAUUUGUCUAUUUUAUUAUAACAAUGAGGCAUUAUAACUAAUAGUUCAGGAGCAUAUAUUAUUUUGAAGAAUCUUGCUUGAGGGGCUUUGAGAGUUUACAAGGAGGGCUGUCACUGUUAAUGCCAGGAACCUUUCCUGUUGGCCACUAAGAAAAAAAAAUGAUCUGAGGAGAAAGCUAAAACCAAUAUCAUGACUGUUUUAAAGCUACCAGGUUAUUUUGUAAAAAAUAU